AUGGCAACCGUUUCGUCUUUUUCCUCUCCCUCAUGGCCAAACCCUAGCCCUAAUCAUCACUCAGACGAUCACUCCUCUGUAGUCCCCACCGUCGAUGGAAGCGAAGAUCUCUCGUCACUGCUACCACCAAUCAAAACAAACCCUACUCAACAACAGCAAAGUCAGUACACUCACGAAGAGGGCGAUGAUAAUGUUAGGGAUUGGCUUAACCAGUUUCUUCCAGAUAAUGAAGUAGGUAUACACGAUGUAAACGAAUCUUCUCAAGAUCCGGAUCGGGUUCCGGUUCAUGACAGUACCCUAAUUCCACACCCUCACAUGGAGGAUCCAGAUUUCCAUGAACAUGCUUCUCCUCCUCCUCCUUCAGCUCUUUCGCUUCUUCACGUAUCCUUCAAUCAAGAUGACGGUUGUUUUGCUUCUGGUAUCAAUCAUGGAUUUAGAAUCUACAACUGUGAUCCUUUCCGCGAGAUUUUUCGUCGAGAUUUCGAGAACGGAGGCGGGAUUGCGAUAGUGGAGAUGCUAUUUCGUUGCAAUAUACUUGCGUUAGUCGGUGGUGGUCCGGAACCACAGUAUCCUCCCAAUAAGACGAGACCGAAUCAUCGUGGUUUUGGAACAGAAGAUAUUGGUCUGCAGAAGGGGCAAGUUAGGGUUGAACAUUAUGCUUCGAAAAAAACAAAGUUUAUUCUAGCUCACGAUUCACGGAUUGCCUGCUUCACUCUAGCACAGGAUGGGCAUAUGAUUGCUACAGCCAGCACCAAAGGAACUCUAAUUCGAAUUUUCGAUACACAUGAUGGGACACUGUUGCAGGAGGUAAGAAGGGGUGCAGAUAGAGCAGAAAUAUAUAGCCUAGCGUUUUCAUCUACAAUCCAAUGGCUGGCAGUUUCUAGUGACAAAGGCACUGUUCAUGUGUUUAGCCUGAAGCCCAGUCAAGGAAGCCAAGGCAUAAUAGACAAGGGCAAGGCUACUACUGAAUCAUCUGACCAGAAUCACAAUAACAAUACUACCCCUGUUUCUUCGUCAAGCUCGUCUCUCUCCUUCAUUAAAGGAGUGUUGCCUAAGUACUUCAGCUCAGAGUGGUCGGUAGCCCAGUUCCGGUUGGUUGAAGGUUGUCAGUACAUUGUUGCAUUUGGGCACCAAAAGAAUACAGUGGUUAUUAUUGGCAUGGAUGGAAGUUUUUAUAGAUGCAAAUUUGAUCCUACAACUGGUGGGGAGAUGACACAACUGGAAUAUCAUAACUUUGUGAAGCCUGAAAACUCUUUUUAAAACCAAAGACAAAGAGGAGAAGAGGAGAAUGAAUGCUGUGUGUUUGUGGUAUAAAACGGAACCACACCCUAGGUGUAGUUUGGGGCACGGUUUGGUCCCGCACGGAGAUGAUUGACAUGGUGAUUUGCUUGAUGAAUCAAAAGAAGAUUUGGAUAUAUUUGUUGAGGAUUCAUAUGACAUGACGGUUGAGACAAAGAUUC